ACCUCUAUUUGUCGGUCUCCUCUUUCUUUCUCGGCAAUAGACAUAACUUCCUUCUCUGAAUUCACUAGUCAAGACAGGUCUGUGGAUGUUUGUACAUCUCCCAGUUUUUGGGAAUGACGUUGACAUUGGAGUUACUGGAGCAAUGAUGAAGACUGUAACUAAAAUCUUCUCAUUUUUCCUCCUAAUCCAUAUUGAGGCAGCAAAAGCCAAAGAAAAUACUACAGAUCAUGUUGGGGGACUUGAGAUGGAAAAUGAAGUGAAGGCGCCACUGGUGGUGAAGUCGACUUUUCACAUGCAUUUACAAGGCAGUCUCUUUGAAGAGACCUGUGCUAUCAAACCAUUUCAAUCAGACACUCUCGACACGUGCAACUACAACACAAGCAACCCCCUGAUCAUCAUUAUUCAUGGCUGGACGAUGAAUGGAAAAAUGGAGGAAUGGGUGUUCAAGCUCACCUCAGCCCUCAAGACCAGGCUAGAGCAUGUGAAUGUGCUGAUCACUGACUGGAGACCUCUGGCUUUCCAGCCAUACCCAACUGCAGCUAAGAAUACCAGGCAAGUGGGAUUGGAUGUUGCAAAUCUCCUGAUGUGGCUUGAGGAGACCACCCAGCUCUCCAUGGAUAAGGUUCACCUGAUUGGUUACAGUUUAGGAGCACAUGCAGCUGGAUUUGCAGGAGGCCAUUUUAAAAAAGCCAAAAAACUGGGCCGCAUAACAGGUCUGGAUCCUGCAGGUCCCAAUUUUGAGGGAGUUCCUGCUUCUGACAGGCUGUCUCCUGAUGAUGCCAUGUUUGUAGAUGCCAUUCACACCUUUUCUAAGUCCAGCAUUGGGUUGGCGGUGGGAAUCCGGCAGCUUGUUGGACAUGCCGACUUCUACCCAAACGGAGGCUACUUCCAGCCCGGCUGUCACAUGACAGACAUAUAUAACAACAUUUACCAAUAUGGACUGGAAGGUGUACCAAAGACAAUCAAAUGUGCUCACCAACGAGCUGUCCACCUCUUCAUUGACUCCCUGUUGAACAAGGACCAACAGAUGACAGCGUACCGCUGCCGAGAUAACCAUGCAUUUGACCAAGGCCUGUGUCUGGACUGCAAAAAGGAUCGCUGUAAUACUCUGGGCUACGAUGUUAGAAAGGUGUACGCUGGAGGCAAUGGCAAAGGCCUCUAUCUGAAGACUGGUCCUCAAACACCAUUUAAAGUCUAUCACUACCAGAUUAAAGUCCUAGUGAUGAAUCUGAUCGAGCAGGUCAAAGCCUCUGUCUCCAUUGCUCUUAUCGGAAGUGAAGGAGAGAGCCAGUAUAUCCCUAUUACUCUGUCCCUGGAGCAUCCUGAGAACAAGACAUACUCAUCUCUGGCUGCAGUGGACUCAUGGCUGGGGGAGCUGAGAGCAGUGCAUCUGCGCUUGGCAGGAGAGGAGGCCUGGAGCAGCUGGUGGAGAAGAGUCACAAACAUCAUGAGCCGCAGCGGACACUCAAACAACACAGGGCUCACUGUGGCCAAAAUACGACUCAAAUCCGGCGAGAGCCAAGAGAAGAGAUGGUUCUGUGGUCAAACAGCAGCCGUCACACACCUCAAACCCUCACAAGAACACGAGUUUGUUCAUUGUCAAUAUGCUACCAAAAAGAAGAGGAGCAGCAGGAAUCUUCAAGAGACCACACGUGGACAGGAAUUUGCCAAGCCAUCACAUCAAAUUAAAACAGAGAAAUUUGAAAGAGAUUAAAAAAGGUCAAUGGCUAAAACGUUUGGUUUAAAAGAAAUGCUUGGAUGUUACGUUAUCAUUUCGAUUGACCAUUUUUAUUAAUGCAUUUCAAGUACUCAAAAUUACAUCUCUUUGCACAAUACGUUUUGAAAUGUUAAGUAAAAAUGUUCAAAGUGAACAAAAAUUUAGGUACUGUAUAAAACACAGUUAACAUUAACAGACAGUAGUAUUUUUUUUUUUGUUUGCUUCUAACUUUUGUAAUCUUUCUGCCUAUACCACCUACAAUAAUUUUGACUCAAUUCAGACAAUUUCAGUGCACUUUUUUUUUCUAUAAAGAUUCACCAAGACUACACAAAAUAAAAACCAGUAAAAGAAAUGUCAGAUACAGGCAGAUAUUCCUCCUCUAUCCAUGUCACACCACAUGAGAAACAGACAAAAAAGAAGAAAAA